ACGCCAGCUCGCAGAGGCCCCGGACCAGGCGCUCUGCAGGCCCGGAUCGCACUCUGUGGAGCCCGGAGAGGCGACUCGGGGGAGGGGACGCGGUGACCCGCCCCAGCGCGCACCCGCCGCCCCUCCCCCUCGCCGCGCAACUUGCAGCCAAACUUUCCCCCCCUCCCGCCCCAGCUCCAGCGGCGCGCGCGCGACCCGGAUGGCGACCCGCUAAGUUGGCCUCAGCCCCGGGUCACGCCAUGGCCCGUGCGUCCCUACCGGGUCCCCAGGACACCCAGCUAAGGGACCUAGACGCCCCUGGCCCUCGCCUGUAGCGCGCCCCGUCGGCCGCGCGCACGCGUGGGAAAGUUGGCCUGGAACCGGCCGGACCAGUUCCGCCCCGGUGCGCGGACCGGCCGCAGGAAGUUGCUGCAAAACUUUUUUGGGGGUGUGUGUGUGCAAUCGGAGCCCCCCGUGUGCUGCAUGCGCGUCGGGUAAGGGGGGAAUCCCCCUCGGGUUACCAGGCGUGCCCGAAGGGAGGGACUUGCAAGGGGGCGCCCCAGCUCCGCUGUCCUGGGGCUAUGGCCAUGGUGACCGGUGGCUGGGGCGGUCCCGGAGGUGGCGACACGAACGGCGUGGACAAGCCGGGAGGUUACCCGCGCGCGGCCGAGGAGGACUCGGCUUCUCCUCCCGGUGUGGCCAGCGAUGCCGAGCCGGGCGAUGAGGAGAGGCCAGGGUUGCAAGUGGACUGCGUGGUGUGCGGCGACAAGUCGAGCGGCAAGCAUUACGGCGUAUUCACUUGCGAAGGGUGCAAGAGCUUCUUCAAACGGAGUAUCCGUCGCAACCUCAGCUACACCUGCCGGUCCAACCGAGACUGUCAGAUUGACCAGCACCACCGGAACCAGUGCCAGUACUGUCGCCUUAAGAAGUGCUUCCGAGUGGGCAUGCGAAAGGAGGCUGUGCAGCGCGGCCGCAUCCCGCACGCGCUGCCGGGAGCCGCGGCCUCUUCGGGCAGCCCCCCGGGCGGAGCGCUGGUGGCGGUGGGCGGAGACCUGUUCCCGGGGCCGCCGGUGUCCGAGCUGAUCAUGCAACUGCUGCGGGCAGAGCCUUACCCCGCAGCAGCCGGACGCUUCGGCGGGGGCGGUGGCGCGGCGGGCGCCGUGCUGGGCAUAGACAACGUGUGCGAGCUGGCGGCGCGGCUGUUGUUCAGCACCGUGGAGUGGGCGCGCCACGCUCCCUUCUUCCCGGAGCUGCCCGUGGCGGACCAGGUGGCGCUGCUGCGCCUUAGCUGGAGCGAGCUGUUCGUGCUGAACGCGGCGCAGGCGGCGCUGCCCCUGCACACUGCGCCGCUGCUGGCCGCCGCGGGCCUGCACGCCGCGCCCAUGGCCGCCGAGCGCGCCGUGGCUUUCAUGGACCAGGUGCGCGCCUUUCAGGAGCAGGUGGACAAGCUGGGCCGCCUUCAGGUCGACUCCGCCGAGUUCGGCUGCCUCAAGGCCAUCGCGCUCUUCACGCCGGAUGCCUGCGGCCUCUCGGACCCGGCCCACGUAGAGAGCCUGCAGGAGAAGGCGCAGGUGGCCCUCACAGAGUACGUGCGCGCCCAGUACCCAUCCCAGCCCCAGAGAUUUGGACGCUUGCUGCUACGCCUGCCUGCUCUGCGCGCUGUCCCAGCCUCCCUUAUCUCCCAGCUCUUCUUCAUGCGUUUGGUGGGCAAGACGCCGAUCGAGACGCUGAUCCGAGACAUGUUGCUGUCUGGGAGCACCUUCAACUGGCCCUAUGGCUCUGGCCAGUGACUGUGGGGACUGGCACCUGAUGGGACAUGGAUGCUGGGGCCUGGAGGGGGACCCUGAGGCACAGCAUCCUGCCCACUUUCCUGGGACUAUGAUUUUUUAAAGACUGUGAAGCGUUUGUCUUUUUUUUUUUUUUUUUUAAUGAUCAUGAAACCAAAAAGACAUGAAUCUUCCAGGCCCCAGCCUUGUCCUCACUGGAGCCUUUGAGGGUGAGGGACAGAGGGUCAUGAACUCAUGGGGUGGCAGGCUGGCUUCUUCAGGGGUUGGUAUGGCUGAGGAGAGGGAGCAAGGACCAGAAAGAUCUUCUGGACAUGUGAUCCACGUUGGACACAACGAUGAAUAAAUCAAGGCCAAUAAAGGUGUUUCCUACUUG